AUGGACGACAUACUCGAACGUGGCGACAUGAUCUGCAUCGAUUCGUCACCCGUCGCAAAGGCUACAAGUCGUUGCGCAGUCGCACGGAUGCGAACAAGUCGCGUAUCUCGUGCCGAAAAGGCGUACGAAGUACAAAAGACAAUUCAUGUCAGGAAACAUCAUGCAGGCCCACUUACUCCCUCAUCGUCAGAAAAGAACGCGUGGGCCAUAGUACAGCGUAUGGAGGGAUCGUGUCCGCCGUACAACGACCACGGGCGGUUCAUCCACGAUCCAUAUAACAACAACAAAGUCUACAUGGUCGGUGGCGACAGGCCAGGAGAGUCUGAAGCCUCGCCAGACUUGUAUUGCUGUGAUUUGGGCACAAUGAAGUGGAAGAAUAUGACAGAUUCAUUGACAUUUCGGAAUCCUUAUCAACCAUUCUGCGAAGAAGAAGCGAAGCGCUCCACACGACGGAUUCCCUGCCUUGGACGCUUCGGUUGUGCAUUCAUUCGCCUCCAUGACAUCAGUUUCAUCUUUAUCUUCGGGGGAUUCGACGAAGACCAGAAUGAGGCUAGCUCACGAACGGUUGUUAUCAACCUCAAAUGUAACGAAUGGUUCUACUUGCAGCUUCAAGGUGGUUCUGUUAUUGGACGUAUCCGUCCUGCUGUUGUUGCAAUCAACACAAAAGUCUUCAUUUUUGGAGGCUACACAAGAUUCGACGAAACAGAUCCUGGUCCUCACAAUUCCUACUCCGUCGCAGAGUACUUCCCUGGCGAGCACGUUUGGCGCUGGGUUGUCCAAGAUGCCGUCUACUCCAACUUGAUACCCCGAAAUCACGCGUUUGAUCAAGCGAUUCCAGUAUACAACGGCACGAGAAUUUUAUUGACACCUGGUCGGUUCGCGGAUAGAAAGCAUAUUCAAUUCUCGGAACACAACCUUUUCUUCUUUCAUGUCGCACAAAAUCGGUUUCAGACAGUUGAUGUCACCGGCGAUUUUCCACGAGACGUGUUGUGGUACACCUGCUUCCCGAACGAUUCACGCAUCGUCCCACUUUCAGCCACUCCGAAACCCCCAGAACGCAAGGCUCGUGGUAGGCCGCGCAAGGAAAAGACCCACGUGUCUGCAUCGACCCCUCCGACUCUGUCUUCCAACUCCUCCCUCUCAACAUCGUCCACUUCAGCGCCAUGUAUCACCAUAUGUGGAUGGGUGCCCUGGGGGAAGGAAGAGGCUGCCCCGGAGUUGUGGAAUCUCUUCCUCACACCUACCGAACGAAUCGACUGUCUCAACAUCAGCAAGAAAGUGUAUGAUCUUGAUCAUGACUUUCAGGAUGCCAUCAUGACUGGCGGGAAGAUGAUGCUUCUGGGAUACGACCCUCCUGAAGACGUGAAGAUGGAAGAUGCGGACCAGGAGGAUGGCGUCGACGCGAAUGCGGUCUGGAAUAUUUAUAUCGAGGUUCCGUUCUCCAAGUAA